CGGACGCGGCGCGGGCCGGCGCGGGCCGGCCUCGACCCCUGUCGCACCUGAGGGUGACUGCGCACGCGUGGCUACUGAGUGGACGAACCUGGGCGCGAAGGUUACAGACGAUUCGUGAAAUGAGUGACUCUGAGGAUGAUGAUGUCCCCCGGCUAUCUUCCCACGCCUUAGCAGCCCUCCAGGAAUUUUAUUCUGAGCAGAAGCAACAAAGCGACCCAGGCGGGGAUGAUAAAUAUAAUAUUGGAAUAAUAGAAGAGAACUGGCAGUUGAGCCAGUUUUGGUACAGCCAGGAGACCGCUUUGCGACUUGCCAAGGAAGCCAUUGCAGCCGCGGGAGAAUGUGGCAGAAUAGCCUGUGUGAGUGCCCCCAGUGUUUACCAGAAACUGAGAGAGCUACACAGAGAAGACUUUUCUAUAUACAUCUUUGAAUAUGACAAAAGAUUUGCUAUAUACGGAGAGGAGUUUAUCUUCUAUGAUUACAAUAAUCCGUUGGAUUUACCUGAAAAAAUUGCUGCACACAGUUUUGACAUCGUAAUAGCAGAUCCCCCCUAUCUCUCCGAGGAAUGUCUCCGGAAAACGUCAGAAACCAUCAAGUAUCUGACUCAGGGCAAGAUUCUGCUGUGCACAGCACAAGUUGAAAGUUCUCUCCGUGAACCUUCCCUCCAGAUCGAACUAAGGCUGAUUCUCGGCAACUAGGAAGCUAAAGCUCCGGGAUUCGUGCAGCCCCUGAAGCUUGAGAGUGAAAGACACUUUUUGGUUUGGCUGGGGUGUCACGGAAGAGAAGACAGACGGACUGCAGGAGCAGUUGAUCUUUCAAAGACCAAAUGAGACUUAAUUUAAAUCUCAACCACGGAAUGAAGAUAAAGUGAAGAUUGUUAGCUUCCUCUGGAAACCAGCCGAGCCCCAAGAGAAACGCACGCGGCCAACGUACCCUUCAUCCACCGUUGCUUUAAUGAUUUAAAAAGAAAUUCUCGCUUUUACAAAUAAUGGUGUUCAACCUACAGAAGAGACUAUGGGUUCAGCUCACGUCGCAGGGUGUGAAAAAGAGGCCCCCAAUACUGACUUCUGGGAAUCGUAAGUUGGCCGGCUUCUCCCAUUCGCUAGUUCCUGAGGCCCUGAAACUGAGACUUGGAUUCUUGACACGUGGCAGAGAUACCACAUUCUACCUGUCGCCUCAUCCCUCCACCUCUUACUCGGCCCCACUUGCUUUCAAAGCGAAAACAAAUGUUCAGCGGUAUGAAUCUGCGGCCACAUGUAUGCUCCUGAACGAACCAAGUGUGACAUCCCUGGAACCCCUGGCCUGGGGGCGGCGAGCGGAGCCCGGGGCUUCCCUGUCCUCCGCGCGGCAGCCUGCGAGACCUUCAGCGGAAGCGGGUCACAUUUAGCCCCGUCCGCUCUGGUGUGGUCAGCGACUGGGGCCUGGCCGAAUCCGGGGACGGCCACCGCGCCAGCCAAAGAGUUUAUCCGAAGAUUCCAAUCGUGCUUCUGAAAAAAUCUUGCCAGAGCAAGUGAAAACGAAAUGGUUAGAAAAUGCACGUGACGUAAAAAGUCCU